AUGCCCGAGCACUGGACAGAGCUCAGCGUCGCCAAACGGCAAAAGCAACAAUGUUCUGAAGACGUGGCAGCCAUCAAAGCAGCGUGCAAAAAGGACUGCGGCAAAGAUAAUGUCGCCGAGUGCCAGCAGUGCUACGGCAAGAUAAUAGACAGAUUACGGUCACGGUACAGUGAGAGUGAGGAAAGGGAGUGGUUCGCGCAAAGAAGAGCCUUCCUACACGAACUAGACGGACUUUUUCAGGAUGCUAAGGAUAGAAAGCGAAGCCUCAAGUCCAUUGAAGCAAGGAUAGAAUCCGAAAAAGAGGCUUGGUACCGCUGGGUUCUGAGGAGAUACCCCGAAUUCAUUGCCGUCUCAGAUCGCGGUCUUAAUCAGGAUGAGCUACGGAGCAUGCUGGACGACCCGGACAAGUCCCGAGAGGAGCUGGUGAAGACGAUGCUUGAAGGGAUUGGGAAGCCGGCAGAUUGGCCGGCCGGCGUGGAUGGCUUUGCGGAGAAGGCGGGCGCUGCGAAGGACAAUCCCGCCGAGCUGAAGAAGCUGUAUAUUGCUGAAUUUUUCAUCAAUCAGUCUACGGGGGAAGCGCUUGCAAAUGCGCAAAAGUAUCUUGACGAGUAUCGAGAUAAUGAUAACAUGACGCUUGAAGAAAUCAUCGACAAAAUUGUCAGGGAUUUUCAGCAGAGCCGAAGCUCGCUACCACAACGAGAGGGUCAUCAACGACGUCUGGAUGAACUAAGGAGAGCAAAGACGGCGUUUGAGCAGAACAAGAUGCAGGCUAAGAGUCUGCGAGGAGCUCAAGCUGGCACUGCCGGUCCGGAGCUUUACCCACUGCCUCCAUGUUCAGUCUGCGGCAAAGACACUGAUUCUAGUGAUGUGCUUUCGUGCGGGCUGUGCCAAGCACUGGUUCAAAUUGGUGGAGAAUCAAAGAUGACAGUCUACUGCUCCGAGGAUGACCAUGUUGAGGCGCAGCAUGACUGCGAGGCCGGCGACAAAUGUGUACAGCUUAAUGAUGAAGAUGUCGAAAUGGGCGAUGAGGUCUCAAAGGCAGUCGUGUGUACGGAGUGUCUGGACUUGAAGCAGGCUACACUGUAUUGCUCUGAUCGAUGUGCCAUUGCGAAUAUUGCGGAUCAUAGACAGAGCAAGCAUGGGGUUAAAACUGCAGCUGAAGAAGCGCAGAACCUAGUCAGUCCAUUGCCGUCUUUUGUGGACUCUACCUUGGCGGAGAAGAAUCCAGGGCUAAAAAUAAGCCAGCUGGGCUGA